AUGGAGCCGGCAGACACGGAGAGCAAAGAGGAGCAAGCGCCCCAGAGGCUCACGGAGGACGCGAGGAGCCCUUGCGGCUCCCAGGUUCCCCAGGCCUCGGGCGACUCCUCGCAAGCGGCCACGUGCUCCCGCGAGCCCCCUGGGCAGCCCCUGCAGCUGCGGCCCCUGCGUGGCAGUGGCCCAGGAGCUGCAGGAACUGAUGCUGCUGCUCUGGGAUGCCUCCACCCCUCGCAGAGGCUCAGUGAGACCUGUCAGCCUGCAGAAGGUGCAGAGCCCGUGGACAGGUCUCCCAGCUCCCUUGGACUCGCGGACUUCAACAACACGGGCCCAAUCCUGACCAUUGACGUGGCAGGGGAAAGCCCAGAAGUCCAAAUGGGAGCCCAGCCCGAUGCAGGGGAGCCGUCUCAGGAGAAGCUGGCGGAGCAGCAAGCGUCCUGGAGCCGGCAGUGGUCAUCCCACAGCGGCCAGGACGCUGUGCCGGUUGUGCCAGCUGGCGACAGCUCGAGCCUGGUGGUGGAGACCAGCCUCCAGACACCAAGGAGGUUCCUCCAUCUCCAGGAAGCUGCCCCAAGAGAGCCCUCGACUGCCAGGAAGGGCUUUCUAAUAGCAGCUGCUCCUGGGACGCCCCUGUGUGAAGCCUCGGGCUGUAGCCCCGGCCCUCGUCAAGAGGAGAGUCCAGCCCACGAUGCCGGGGACGACGACGGUGCCGCCCUGCCCCGCUGCACUGGAGCUCCUGCAGCCGCCUGUGCGCGCGGCCCUGGCCCAGCUCUGCCGCUCGCCGGCCCGUCGGCCGCCGGGCGGCAGCCACUGCCCGGCGCGCAGCAGGAAGCAGCUGGGCAGCGGUGGCUUCGGCACCGUUUUCUCGGGCAUCCGCCUCCCCGAUGGGAGCCCGGUGAGUGGCCGCGAUGGCCGGGCGUGGGAGGAGGGGCAGCGGUGGGGAGGGGCAAGGCUGGAGCUCAGCCCUGCUCUCUCGAUGGCUUGCAGGUGGCCAUCAAACGUGUGGCCCGGCAGAGCGUCCUGCAGUGGGUCGAGCUGCCCGACGGCACCCGCGUGCCCAUGGAGAUCGUGCUUAUGGAGAAGGUGGGCUCUGACUGCCACAACAUCAUCCAGCUCCUCGACUGGUUUGAGCUGCCUGACAGCUUUGUGCUGGUGAUGGAGCGUCCGGAGGCAUCGCAGGAUCUCCUGCAGUUCCUGCAGGAGCACGAGUUCCUGUGCGAGGAGAUGGCGCGCUGGCUUUUCUACCAGGUGCUGGAGGCCGUGCGGCACUGCACCGCCUGCGGCGUCCUGCACCGGGACAUCAAGCCAGAGAACCUCCUCGUGGUCCCGGAGAGUGGCGACCUGAAGCUCAUCGACUUCGGUUGCGGCACCUUCCUCCAGGAGCAGGUCUUCACGCGGUUUGCCGGAACGCACGCGUACAGCCCGCCCGAGUGGAUCUGCCUUGGCUGCUACCACGGCCAUGGGGCGACCGUCUGGUCCCUGGGCGUACUGCUGUACGUCAUGGUCUGCGGGAGCCUCCCCUUCAGGGACGACCAUGACAUCGUGCUGGGGCAGCUCUUCUUCUGGCAGCAGGUCUCUCCAGGUUGGUACCCGGCCUCAAGAAGGCGGGCUUUGGCAGAUGACGGCGCGCAGCCCGGCGUGGCCCUCGCGCAGCUCCGCGGGACGUCGUUCUGCCCUCAAGGGCCGGCCGCAGGAGGCGGCCCCUGCCAACGGGCUCGGCGUGGCACGGGCGGCCGAAGGAGGCGGCCGUGCCCUGCCGUGCCGCUCUCCCGCGCAGGGCAGAGUCGGUCGGGAGGCCGGCGCAGCCCUGAGCACACGCGGCGCGGCCCGGGCCCUGCAGGCGACGGGGGCAGCUGGGCAGGAGACUUCUGUCAGUGACCGGCGCUUUCUGGCUUCUCUCCCCAGAGUGCCAACAUCUGAUCCAGUGGUGUUUGGCCAAGCACCCU